UUCGAUGUAAAUCGAACCGUGUAAAUGAUACGUAAAGAGUAAAGUACACCUCUUUCUAACGCGCAGUUUCCUCCAGCAUUGUGUAAUGCCAUUUUUGUCGUCAGUUGACUGUCGAUUGUCGAUAUCUAUAGAUAGCCACACCCAUGUGUCCAUGUGCACAAGCAGUGCAAGCGUGAUUCGUCUCGUAGAAAAACAUACUUUUUCGAGGAGAAAACUCGAUUCGUUCAGUUGUUAAUUUGCUUCAAUUGAUAAUUUUAUUACACAAAAAUGGCAGAUGAGCGUUUAGAUAUAGUAAUAUUUGGCGCCACUGGAUAUACUGGAAAAUAUGUAGUGAAAAAUGCAACUCAUGUGUACAAGGAUCAUAAAAUGAAGUUUGGUAUUGCUGGUCGUAGGAAAGAAGCUUUAGACGCAGUUGUUAAGGAAUUUGCCUCAGAUAUUGAGGAUGUGCCUAUUAUUCUGGCUGACAUAAAAGAUGAGGAAUCUCUUAAGAAAAUGACAGAGCGAGCAAAGAUACUUAUCAAUUGUUGCGGUCCAUACAGAUUUUAUGGAGAACCAGUUAUCAAAACGUGCAUUGCUACUCGUACUCAUUAUGUUGAUGUCACUGGUGAAGAACAGUUUAUGAUUGAAAUGCAAUUAAAAUAUAACGAAGCAGCAAAAGAAGCUGGGGUCUACAUAGUAAGCGCUUGCGGUUUUGACUGUAUUCCUAGUGAUUUAGGAAUCAUUUUUACGCAACAGAAAUUUGAAGGAGAAGUCAAUGCUAUUGAAAUAUACAUGAACGUGUGGUCAAGCACUACUGAUAAGAAAGGUCCGUUAUUCAAUUAUGCAACUUGGGAAUCUGUAGUACACAGUCUGGCUCAUGUAAAAGAAAUACCGGCAUUACGCAAAAAAUUAUACCCUACCAAAUUGCCUGAAUUCACACCGAAAUUAAAAUCAAGUGUACUGCACCGAAGCGAUGUUUCUGAAGGAUGGUCCACACCAUUUCCGAGUGCCGAUCGUUCAGUAGCUCUUCGUACACAGCGAUUCUUAUAUGACAAGUAUAAAGAGAGGCCUGCGCAAGUUCAAUUUUAUGUUACAAUGAAGUCUUUUUUCGAAUUCCUGAUGAUGGCCAUUGUCGGUAUGCUUUUGUUAGUUUUGUCUCGCACAGCAUGCGGUCGUAAUUUACUUCUAAAAUAUCCAGCUCUAUUUUCGUUCGGUUUCGUAAGUCACGAGAGCCCGAAUCCAGAAAUGCUGAAAUCGACACAUUUUUCUAUUACGUUCAAAGCUAGUGGAUGGACUGAAAAAUUGGCUGAACCUACCGAUAAACACACAGAUCCACCUAAUAAGAAAGUAAUCACCAGAGUCUCUGGUGAGUCUCCCGCAUAUGAGAUGACUAGUAUAGCAGUGAUCUUAUCGGCAACAACAAUUCUUAACGAAACUGACAAAAUGCCUGACAAUGGAGGAGUACUUACUCCCGGGGCAGCGUUCAGGAAAACAUCUCUGAUCGAGCAACUGAUGAAACAUAAUAUUAAAUUCGAAGUGAUAUCGCAUACCGAGAAGAAAGGAUUUGGAAACUCUCUUCAAUUACUCGUUUCUGCAAGGAAUGUAGGAAGCAUGUCGCCAAGAAUCGAGUUCUUCUACUAUGAAUUCUCUGAUAUUGAGUGGCAAAAAGACAUAGGCAUGCAGGAGCAAAAAGUAUCGAGGCCAACUUGGAUGGAUGAAAGGGACAUGGAUGGAUCAAUACAAAGUACAAAAGAAAAGGAGGAAAUCCAAGAGAAUAAAAGGCACGAUUCUAUUAAUUCCCCCGAUGCACUCAAUCUCAAAGAUCAGGCGAUUCUGAGUCCUGCAAACUGCAAAAUCAUUCCCGCAUUGUCGAUCAUCAAUAUCGACGUCGGAAGAUUGUCAAUCAUGAACGGAGUAUCUAGCAAAUGCGCGAAGUUAAAGAUGUACGAUGGCGAAGAUGACAACUCGAUAAUGAUCAAGAAACCUUUACCAUUGAGGGCGAUUUCGUGGAGUGAUAACAUCGAAGAAACCGAUUUAGACGUUCCCGGAACACCCAGAACACCACGUACGUCCACGACAAAAGGCCACGAAAAAUGUAUGUUUCAUCACGAUUUGGAGUUGGACCAUCGACCACCCACACGGGAAUCGAUGAUACCGGAAAUGUCUCGAAGUUACAAGCUGCUCCUGAGUUCGUUGGGCGAAAAUCCGGAACGACAGGGACUUCUGAAAACGCCGGAACGCGCCGCGAAGGCCAUGCUUUUUUUCACGAAAGGAUACGAUCAGAGUCUCGAUGACAUAAUUAACGACGCGAUAUUUGAUGAGGAUCACGACGAGAUGGUAGUAGUAAAAGACAUCGAGAUGUUUUCCAUGUGCGAACAUCAUUUGGUACCAUUCUACGGCAAGGUGUCGAUCGGUUACCUUCCUUGCAAGAAGGUAUUAGGCCUCAGCAAACUCGCCAGAAUCGUGGAGAUCUUCAGCAGACGACUCCAGCUGCAGGAACGACUCACGAAGCAAAUUGCGAUAGCGGUCACAAAGGCUGUGCAACCUGCAGGAGUAGCCGUCGUGAUUGAGGGAGUGCAUAUGUGCAUGGUGAUGAGGGGUGUGCAGAAGAUCAACAGCAAAACAGUGACCUCAACGAUGCUGGGCGUGUUUCGGGACGAUCCGAAGACCCGCGAGGAGUUUCUGAACCUGGUGCAUAACAAGUAAACGGUCGAGUCGCGGUGUCAUUAUCGUCGGCCACCGUGGGACCACUAGAUUUCAACACCCCGACUACUCUCCGACAUCCGAUCGCUAUCUCGUUGCGAAGCCCUCGCCCACAGGACUUCGGGAUCGUUGUCGUAAAAGUCGUCCCACCCAUACAUUCCAUUUCUUAAAAAACAAAAUCAUACACACAUACGUCGACUUCAACGACGGUUCCACGUGCCUCUCUCAUCAUAAAUACGAUAGAGAAAGUUUAAGGGCGAUCGCUUUUAGGGACCAAGAUAGCGCGAUAGCGGAUAAUGGAGACGAUGCUCGACACGUGUCCCACGCUGAUAAGGACGCGCCCAAACUGCGGAUCGAGUGACAUUGACAAUAGCGACGACUAUGACACGUCGUGGUCAUCCACGAAGACGCUCGCACAUUUCGAAAUGACUAUGACGCGGAUGGCUCACGAGCGAUUUAUCGCGUCGCGAUGAAGACGGCGAGCGACGUGCAUUCCGGCGCAAAGGGACAGCGAAAAAAAAAUAGCGGUUUAAUUCGAAGACGAAUUUUUAUUCAAUGCGAUAAAACGUUUGGGAACAGGAAAUUGCUGCUGGAUCAGCGACACUCCUGUCGUAAAGUCCACGUUCGCUGCACCUUUGACCGAGCGAGUUUGUCGCUUAUGAAGGAGCUUUUUAGGAAAUUUUUCAACGAAAGCUCCCGUUGAUCGCAAACUUACACGAUAGUCAACGCGCUUCUCAUGACAAUAAAUUAUACAUCCCAUAGAUUAGUGAAUUCUUUUGAAGAGAUUGCGCUCGAACUUUCGACUGUUUGCGUCAACUGUGUGGGCUUUCGAAACUUAAGGCCUACAUAUAAAAAUUUAAGACGUAAGAUUUAAGCAGUAAGGAAAUCAAUAUGUUGGAUUCGCUACUGCUUACGUUAGGCUAGGUCCACAACCUUGCUUUAAAAGGCCGUAAAGCCAUAAGCUUUAAGUUGUAAGUGACGAUAUAUCGGCCACAGAACUUAUGCUU